AUGAGCAAGAUUAAGCAACAGCUCCAUAACCAGAUCAUUGACCAAGUCUUGCAGCACUCACAAGCAAGCCGCUGGCAUCUAGACUCUAAAACUUGCAACACGGAAAUAUGCUCUGCAAUUAACUUCAAUUUGCUGGACGAACAGGACAUUUGUGAAAAUGCAUACAGCGAAUCUGUUGCAGAUCCCUUGAAUACUCCAGAGACCGGAGAGUGGGUUGGGCUAGAUCGGGAUAUUGAUUCGGACGAUGGCGGCGUGUCUAUUCAAAUUUAA